GGCCAGUGCAGUCGCGUUUCUUGCCGUGGAUGGAGCAGUGGUCGUGAAACAGUGUUAAAUCGACGCGAGUAAUGAGUAUUUGGGUUAACUAGCAUACCUAAUCGAUAGUAGUGCGCCCGUUUUGUGCAAUGUGCAUCAUGACAAAUGUGUGUAUAACUUCACAUGCCGGUGACGUGCAUGUCCUCACGCCAUGCGCGUCGCUCCCGUGUUUUCGAUCACAGAGCGGAACAUCAGUAACGACGUGGCGGCGUUCCUUCUGCUGAUGGUGGACACACCCGGCCACAUUGCCAUUCCCUCUGACGACGAGUGGAGGCCGCUGAACGACCAGUUGUUCGCCAGCCUCCGACCCGCAGAGACGCCCUUCGACCUCUUCAACAGUCUAUCGCCCAGGUGUGAAGAUAUGAUAGCAUCCUGUUUCAUCUACGGCUCACGGAUAAACAGCAGCGAGUGUUGCCAGGAUGUUUUCUCGGACGACUACUUUGUCUAUUAUCAGAGCAGGUGCAUUACGACCCUCCGGUCCAGGCGACUGACGGCUUUAAACCAGACCAGGCCCGGUGACUACAACGGCAUCGGAGUCAUAUUGAAGGACGACAGAGAAACUUUCUUCGCGGAGAGGGACAUGCGGUUUUCGUUGGUGCCGGCCCAGGAGGGGAACCGGAUCAUCCUGACGCCGCACUACAUCCUGCCAAUGGAGUCGGUCAUCGAGCAGACGUUCAUCGCCACAGUCGGCGCCGUCACCCGGCUCUCGGUCACACACACUGUGGUGGACCGGACCGGAGAAUUCACAGGACUGCUCCCGUUCUCCGAGAAAACCUGCACCGACAUACCCCCACAUGGCUCCAAAACACCGCCACUAUCCUGUCGGGGAGCACUGUACAACUCUGAAAUGCGCAGGGUUUGCGGCUGUCAGCACGCCAUCACCCUACGGAACGGCGACGACCCGCGCAAGGUGAAUGUCUGUGAGCCUCUGGAUAUGUUUGCUUGCCAGCGCGACUGGCAGGCCCCUGGCCAUCAGAUAACAAAGGUCGACUGCCCUCAUCAAUGUCAGAAAAUCAUCUACGACGUCGUAUCGGACGGCUCUCCGAUCAAGAGGCCGAUGCUGGAUAACGAGGCGUUCUUCGGCGGCUCUCCCGUGCCGGUCGACACCGAGCACAAUUCCACCUUCUCCGUGGUGAUGGUCUUCUACCCGUCCCUCGUCUCGCGGGUAAUCCAGCUGAGUAAAGCCACGCUGAUGGACUGGCUGAGCGCGUUUGGCGGCCAGCUCAGUCUCUUCAUCGGCGCCAGCGUCAUCACCAUGCUGGAGAUGGUGUUUUUCAUAGUGCGAAUCGUGGCGGUGUGCACUGGUGGGCUGACGGAGCGGUGUUUCGGCACGCCGCGCGUCGGAUGCCUCACCGACCAAUGAACAAAUGACUUAGACUCAAGAAAGUUAUGAAGUUUUUUAAGUGUUUUGUCUGUACCUAGCAGUCUACUUGAAUCAUGCAUGUCCCUCAAGGUUCGCGCUUCGUGUGUGCUACUACAUAUGUGUCGUAUUUGCUCUAUAAUACAUUGUUCGCUCAUUU